AUGUCUUCUCCAAUAGCCUCUUCUAUUGAAACCACUCCGACUGUUUCGAUUUCUCCCACCACCCCAUAUCCAGAAUAUACAUCCGUUACAAUAGUGCCUACUUCUCCCACCACUCUAUGCAUAGAAAUUGAUCCAAACAGUAAAGUUACUUUUACUCCCACUAUCCCAUUACUGGUCUUUACCUCUACUGCUGAGACGGCCACCACCCCUUCUAGUUCCACCAGUAUGACAGCAGUAUUUCCUACACAUACUGACAUUUCUACUUCAGAUUUGGAAACUGAUCCCACCAACAUCGUAACUGACACCCCUAAUUCUCUCAGUCCUGGGACUGUUUCCAUUAGCAUAGUUUCAAUGAGAACACGAAGACCCACUAGUGGUACCUGGAUGGGCUCCUACUCUGUAACCACCCCACCUGUGUCCAGCUUCACUAGGCUCCCACUGACCAUGAAGCAAAGCAGCAGUUUUCCAACUGUCAUGAUGACAUUGAGCAAGUUGACACACCCCAGCCCAACCACAACCAGGACUCCAGAGACAUCCGUGGUCACCACUCAGACUCCCACCACUUUUACAUCACCCAGGACAACUUUGACCACUACUCGGAUGACCACAUCAUCUCGACUGACCACCACCCCAGGUUGCACCUGUGACAAUGGUGGCACCUGGAUACAAGGCCAUUGCCUUUGUCCCUCUGGGUUCUCUGGGGACCACUGUGAGCUCCAGGAGAUCAGAUGCCAGAAUGGAGGUCAAUGGGAUGGCCUCAAGUGCCACUGCCACAGUACCUUCCAUGGCUCCCAUUGCAAGUUUGCUGUGAACAGCAUGUUGUGUGCAGAAAUGGUGGAUGCUGAGGUGGGCAUGGAGGUGUCUGUCCAACAGACAUUCACCCCUUGCCUCAGUGACAACACUUCUGAGGCCUACGUGGAUUUCAGCAACACCUUCAAGAAUCAGAUGAAGAAUGUUUACUGAAACAUGCAGGUGUUCAAGGAUGUGGAGAUCCUGUCCCUGAGGAAUGGAAGUACCGUGGUAGACUAUUUGGUUCUGUUGGAGUUGCCCUUCAGUGUCCAGCUGGAGAAUGAGUAUGAGAAGGUGAGGACAGCCCUGAAGGAGGAACUCCAGAAUGCCAGCAAGAACAGAUGUCCGAAUAACCAGACCCUGUGUUUUAAGCAUGACUCCAUCAAGGUGAACAACAACACGACGGAGCUGACCCCAGAAGCCAUCUGUCGCGCACCGCUGCAGGGUUAUGAGGAUUUCUGCUUUCCCUUGGUGGAGGAGAACCGGCUCCGCUGCAUCACCAAAUGCAGGUCGGGAGUGGAUGGCGCCAUCGAUUGUAACCAGGGCCAGUGCUAUCCAGAGAAGAGCCGCUGCUUCACUACAAACACGUAUUGGUUCCUGGGCUCGCGCUGCGAGGUGACUGUCUCCUGGAAGGCGCUGGUUGGGGGUCUAGCGGGGGCCACGGCCCUGUUGCUGCUGCUGCUGCUGCUGCUGCUGCUGCUGCUGAUGAUGGCGGCAUUCGGCGUCAUCGUGGUGGGUCCCCGAAGGAGGCGCGGCCAAGGUGGAGACUGGUCCAGGGACACGAAAUGGUUCCUAAUGUGGGAUGAGGACUCUGUGGGGACUUUUACAAACUUGGGCUUCCAGGACGACAGCACAGGUGAAUCCUUCCCCUUGGGGGAGGGGGCAGGAGUUUCCCUGGUCACAGAGGAAGGCUUCCAUGUGUCCUUGGAGAACGUGCCCACCAAUAUAAGGGUACACACCCAGAGACCUGAGGUGAUCUUGUCCUCAAUGUGAGCCCUGCACUACCCCUCUGCACUGUUCCAGAGAGCAGGAAGGAACCACCUACAUACUGAGUCCAUGUCCAGAGAUGGUCCAGGUCUCAUGCAGCUCAGUGUCCUGGUUUCCUCUGGCAAAAUGAGAACGUCCUCUGACACCUGUCUUUCUCCCACCUUGGGUGAAAGCUACCUGGAGACUAAGUUCAGAUCCAGGCUCCACUGUCGGGCCUUGGGCAAGUCAGAAACUUCUCUGAACCUGUAAAGUUAGUAUAGCAUACUUGU